ACUGACACUUCUCACUCACCACCAUGCUGGAAGAAGAUAACGAUGAGACAUGUUGGAACAGCCUGGAAAACUUUCGGGUGAAGCUGAUCUCUGUGAUAGAUCCUUCCCGUAUAACACCUUAUCUUCGCCAGUGCCAGGUGAUAAACCAUGAUGAUGAGGAACAAGUUCUCAAUGACCCCAGCCUGGUCAUGCGCAAACGCAAAGCAGGUGUUCUUCUGGACAUUCUUCAGCGAACAGGGCGCAAGGGCUUUGAGGCAUUCAUGGAGAGUCUCGAGCUUUAUUAUCCACAACUGUAUAAGAAAAUAACUGGGAAGGAGCCAAGCAGGGUUUUCUCUCUGAUUAUAGACACGGCUGGGGAGUCUGGCCUGAGCCAGCUCCUGAUGAAUGAGAUUACAAAGCUGCAGAGAACGGUGCAGGAGGAGCGGCAGAAGGCCCAGGAGCUCACCGUGUGGCUGCACACCAAAGAGGACAUGAUCAGAGAGAUGUGGGUGAGGGACAGCCUGCUCCGCAAGCACCAAGAGCGGGUGCAGAAGAUGAAGGAGGAGAGGGACAGUCUGAGUAAGGAGCUGCGGAAGUGCAAGGAUGAGAACUACAGCCUGGCAAUGAGCUAUGCCAGACAGAGCGAGGAGAAGAGCAGUGCCCUCAUGAAGAACAGGGACCUGCUCCUAGAGAUUGAUAGCUUGAAGCAUAGCCUCAUGAAGGCUGAGGACGACUGCAAACUAGAGCGUAAGCACUCGAUGAAACUGAAGCAUGCCAUAGAGCAACGUCCGAGCCAUGAAGUGAUGUGGGAGAUCCAGCAGGAGAAGGAGUUGCUUUUGGCCAAGAAUCAGGAGCUGGAGAACACUCUCCAGCAGGUUGCCAGGGAACAGAAUUUGGAGAAGAGUCACUCUUGUGAGACCGUGCAGAAAGACUGCAGCCAGAUACUGGAGCGCAGGGACCUGCUGAACACCAUAUACCACCUUCGCAAGGAGCUGCGCCAAGCCGAGGUGCUCCAAGACAAAUAUGCAGAGGAAAAAGAGAUACUUGAACUACAGUGCACAUCUCUGAGGAAGGACUCCCAGAUGUAUAAAAAACGGAUGGAAGCUGUCUUACAGCAGAUGGAGGAAGUGGCUUCAGAAAGAGAUCAGGCACUGCUGACCAGAGAACAGUUCUACACACAGUACUCCAAGAACCUGAUUGAGAGGGACGCCUAUCGGAAGCAGAUCCGGGAGCUGGGGGAGCGAUGCGAUGAGCUGCAGCUGCAGCUCUUCCAAAAGGAGAGUCAGCUACUGGCUACUGAAGCCAAACUGAAAAGGCUACAACUGAAGCUACCUGCACCGACUGACCUGGAUGACACCUCCUCCAGAGAUUCCCAGGAUCUUACUCUUCAUGGUCAUCUAGAUGAAGAUGCACACCUGACUAAAAAAGACUGCUGUAAAGGACAAAACCAGCAAUUCAGCAUUCGAGAAAGCAAUGUGCCUGCAGAGUCACCCACAUUCGAGGAGUGCAGCUCAGCCCAUGAGGAGCUGUCAGAGAAGGAGCGGAGGAGGAUGAAGGACUGCUUUGAGCGGUACCGCAGGAAGCGUGCCCUGCGCAGGGUGCCUGGCAGCUGCCCCGAGGCCGACUGGGAGCCCAGCACAGGCAGCGACAACACGGACACUGAGGGCAGCUAGGGGCCGGCCUGGGCUCCAGUUUGCAUCUGGACAGCGUUUCAGAUCCCUCAAUAAACAGCACAGUGUUUGGUUAUUAA